AGUCGAUCGAGGAGUGUAUCGGAGAAUUCUUGGUCGCGAUUAGAUUUUAAAAUGUGGUGGAUGGUUGGGAAUGGGCAUUUGCAGGCUUAUAUGGCCCUAACGUGGAUAUGGAUAGGAGAAGGUUGUGGGAGAAGUUGGCGGGUCUAUACUCAUUAUGGGAUGUGCCGUGGUGUAUGGGGGGCGAUUUUAAUACUAUUCGCUUUCCUAGUGAGUGUUCAGGGCAUUGUCGGAAUUCUCUGGCCAUGGAUGAAUUCUGCGAGUUCAUCUUCGAUCUUGACCUCAUGGAUCUUCCCCUAUUAGGGGGUGAAUACACUUGGUCAAAUGGGAGGGUGUGGUCGAGAUUGGAUAGAUUCCUUCUAUCUCCUGCAUGGGAAGCUCAAUGUCCGGAAGUUAGUCAGAAACGACUAGCUCGAGUUAGUUCUGAUCAUUUUCCUAUCCUUUUGGAUUGUGGGGGUAUACAUAGGGGGUGUCGGUAUUUCAAGUUUGAAAACAUGUGGCUAAAAGUGGAUGGGUUUGUAGAGAUGGUGCGUGCUUGGUGGUCUUCAUAUCAGUUCAUUGGUACCCCAAAUUACAUUCUUGCAAGUAAGUUGAAGGCAUUGAAACAAGAUUUGAAGAAGUGGGAUUUGGAGGUUUUUGGUCACAUUGACAAUCAGAAGGCUACAUUGUUGGAGGAACUGCAAGAGCUAGAGGAUAAAGAGUUAUUGGGAAAUAAUUAAGAGGAGAUGUUAUUGAGGAAGGGCAUGGUUAUGGCAAAUUUGGAGAGGGUUUUGUUGUCAGAGAAAACUUCAUGGCGUCAAAAAUCCAGAGCCCUUUGGUUGAAAGG